ACGGACAUGGCUAGAUCGACUCGGUUUGUGAUUCUAAUCAAGAAUAUAUAUACUUCUUGGCGUCGGAAACGGUUCCUUCUACCGGAUAAAUUUUUUUCGACGAAUCUUGUAUACCCUUUUAGUCUACGAGUAACGGGUAUAAUCAUAAGUAAAUUCAAUAGAGUGCAAAUCGGCUGUUUAGCACGCCACAUACCGUGAAACCUAGGUGACGUUUUAAGCGAAUAGGAAUAAACGAUAGGUGGCGCUUUUGUGUUGUUUGCAAUCUCGCACCCUCUUUGUCUGAAUAACGGAGAAAACCACUGAAGAGGUUGCAGAAUGACGGCAGCGGUCCUGGUUUUAUUCGCCCUAACAUGCGUUUCAUUUUCCACAGCUCAUUUAAAGACUAAUAUCGGUGUAAUUUUGGGAAGCAAUUUGGAUAAAACUUGUCAUGACGUAUAUCCUCCGAAAAUAAGGAAUGGUAAUUUCUCCAUCACAACCAAAUGGAGCGGCCAAAAUUACUAUCAGGCGGCAAAAUAUCACUGCAGUUACAAUUAUGAACUAAAGUUUGACGGAGACAGAGAUAUGUUCUGCUCAAAAGGAUCUUGGAUUGGUAAUGUUCCUGAAUGCAUUUGGUCGGGCGAUGUCGAAGAUAAAGACUGCCAUACUUAUGACGGUUGUUCCCACAGAUGUAACGAAUUCACUAAAAGGUGCGAAUGUUAUGAGGGUUACACUCUAAACACCACCGAUUUCACGAGCUGCCAAGAUAUCGACGAAUGCAAGGAAUCGAAUGGCGGUUGCUCUCAUAUUUGCACGAACUGGCCUGGAGAAUACUUAUGCUUAUGUAAUGAUGGUUAUCAAAUAGAUCCAGCAGAUGGACGAACUUGUUUGGACAUUGAUGAGUGCGCCAAUCCUGAUCUAUCUCCGGACUGCCAAGCUGGCUGUGACAACCUGGACGGAUCCUAUAAGUGUCGUCCGACAAUGGUGGGCAGAGUUGAACCCAGCGAUACAAUCGGUCUUCCCACAGAUGGAAUAUUGUGCAAGCCAGGCUUUAAUCUCUCCUCGGAUGGUAGCGAGUGUCAGGACAUCAACGAAUGCGAACUGGUAGAUCACGACCCGAAGACCGGGCGAGAAUCCCCCCGUUACUGUAAGCAUAAGUGCGAGAACACAGUAGGAUCCUACAUUUGCCACUGUCCUGAGGGAUAUCACUUGCUCGAAGACCACCAGAGUUGUGCCCUGAAUGGCAGAAACCGCCCGGCCAUUAUUAUCCCGAAGGCCAUAGAAUGUCCAUCCGGAUUUAAGCCAUCUGCCGAUGGUACCAAGUGUCAAGACAUCGACGAGUGCGAACUGGUAGAUCACGACCCGAAGACCGGGCGAGAAUCCCCCCGUUACUGUAAGCACAAGUGCGAGAACACAGUAGGUUCCUACAUUUGCCACUGCCCUGAGGGAUAUCACCUGCUCGAAGACCACCAGAGUUGUGCCCUGAAUGGCAGAAACCGCCCGCCCAUUAUUAUCCCAAUGGCCAUAGAAUGUCCAUCUGGGUUUAAGCCAUCUGCCGAUGGUACCAAGUGUCAGGACAUCGACGAGUGCGAAUUGGUGGAUAUAGACCCAAAUACCGGAAAACAAAUCUAUCGUUACUGUUAUCACAAGUGCGAGAAUACAAAUGGCUCCUACAUUUGUCACUGCGAUGAGGGCUAUCAUCUACUCGAUGAUCACCAGAGAUGUGCAUUGAAUGUCAGAAACCGCCCGGCCAUUAUUGUUCCAAAGGCCAUAGAAUGUCCAUCCGGAUUUGAGCCAUCUGCUGAUGGUACCAAGUGUCAGGACAUCGACGAGUGUAAACUCAUGGAUUCCAUUAACCCAAACAGGAACCAACCUUGUCAGCAAAUAUGUGUAAAUGCGGUGGGCUCGUUCCGCUGUCACUGCAAAGAUGGUUAUCAUCUGCUGGAGGAUAAUCGGACUUGUGCAUUGGAUCCAUGCCCUCUAGGCUUUACAAGAUCCGCGGAUGGAAUUAGUUGUCAGGACACUACUUAUACUUCUUGGAAUUUAUGUAGUGGCAUGCAGGAUCCCCUUAAUGGAAAGGCUUAUUGUUAUGGACCUGCAGAUGGAUUCUCUCACAGUCUAUGCAAUUUUAUUUGCGAUGAUGGAUAUGCCUUAACAGGCUCGAGUACCAGAAGUUGUGAUCGUUCAGGAAUUUGGAGUGGUUCAGAGCCUAAAUGCGUUCCUAUUCACCUGGUUCCAACCUGGUAUUUCAACCACGUAAUUUCACCAAAAUGGAAUGUCCACCAGAAUAUAAAGCGAAAAAAUUGGAAUGAGCAUGACUAUUCAGUGUCAUCACAAACAAGUUCUUCAGCUAGUGCAAGGCAUGAUUCGAUGCGGCAGAUCAGUACAUCCUAUGACCAGGUCGGGAUACCGUUGAAUUAACGUUGAGCAACUUGUCACCCUGCCAGAGUACUGCAUUUUGAAUACCGUCCACUUGUGCACCAAACUCAACUAAGCAUUUAUUUAUCAAUCCAUUUUUCACCAUAAACAUUACGAAACGAAAUAGUAAAAGCAAAUUUUCGAAUAUGAUUUUUGACAUAUUCAAGAAUGUAAAUUAUAAUUAUUAGGAAAUCGAAAUAAAAACUUUGCGAGCUCAAACGAUGA